AAACUCCUUCAACUUCUCCAGGCAUGUCAUCAAUCACCCCAACAAAUACAACUGUUUCUGCCACAUCUACCACCUCUGAAACCGCCCUGGAACCCAUUACCACCCACCUGACAUUCACAACCACAGAACCACACUUCUCCGCUGCAGCCACUACACACACGGGGAAGACAACCAUCACACCUCAUGCCACACCCCCUGGAAAACCACACUUAUUCCUACACAGGACAUUUCCACGCUGUCUUUCAUGACAGAAAUUACUUCUCCUCCCACAAUCACAUCAUUAAUUACUCCCAGGAAUACAAUCAAUUCUCUGACAUCAACCUCUUCUACCCCAGUGACUGCCAAUCCCUUGACAUCAGCCAUGAGUAUGUGUCUGUCUUCUCCACCUGCCCCAUCCACAAAACCAGUCUCCAGUUGGAUCACAAACAUUACCCCUAUAUCUACCUUGAUUAUUACUCCCUAUAACCCACACCAUGUCCACCCCUACAUCUCCCAUUAGUACUGACACCAUAGCUGCAACUGAAAUCACCACUCCUAUCAACACUUCCACCAUUGCCACCUUGAACACAGCCUCUUUGCCCACUUCCUCCACUCUAGAAACUGCCUCCGCUACUACUACAAUCUUGGUAACAACAACCACCCCUAAAAUACCACACAGUCCUCCAGGAGUCACUUCUUCAAACAUCUACUCUACAGGAAGCACGACCACAUCAGCAAUAACCCCAUCUCCCACCACUGGUACCCCAAGGUUAGCCGUCACCAUAAACUCAUCCUCUGUUAGUACAGGCAUGCCUGCCUCAACACUGACAACCAUCACCCCCACAUCCAGGGGUACCAAUGGUUCAUUCAUUACCAUUCCUGACCUCACCUCUACAAGCACUGUUUCCAAAAUGUCCACAAUCCCCACAUGUAUCAUCCCAUCUCCCCCAGUCGCCCAAAACACAGACACAACAUGCAGUGUCAUCACAACCUCUUCCACAAGGCUUACUAUGGCGCCCAUGCUCACAAGUACCCACAGCACUCCCCCUCCCACCCUUGCUACACACACUCCAGUUACAUAUGCAGGCUUCUCCACGUCUACCAGCAGCAAUGGGACCAUUCGGACAGAGAGUACUACCUCAACUGCAACGAGCACAAAUACAUCACACACAAAUGCUAAAUCCACCCUGGCACCCACUACCACUGACACACACACAACAUCCCCGACCACAGGACUACCCUCUUCUACUAGAUUUACUACAUACACAGGCAAGGUGACUGUCACACCUUCUCAUGCCACAUCCACCUGGAAAACCACACUUACUCAUACUGGGGAUGUUUGGACACAGUCUCUCACCAUGGGGAUUACUUCUCCUCUUGCAACUGCAUCAUCAAUCACUCCCAUGAAUAUGGUCAAUGCUCUGACAUUUAUCACCUCUACUCCAGUCACCACCAAUACUGUGACAUCAGCCAUGAGUAUGAGUCUAUCUUCUCCACCUGCCCCAACUGCAGUCAGUCUCCUCUUUGACAACAAACACUACCCCUUUAUCCACCUUGAUUACUACCUUCCCUAGU